AUGCCUCCCGUGCGUGUUUCUCGUAUCGACGAGCGGGGACGCGCAUUUGGUCGAGGUGGACGUAAAACAGCGACGGCUCGCGUGUGGAUCCAACCCGGCUUCGGCAAUAUCGUGGUCAACCGCAAGGAUUUCGUGGAAUACUUCAUUCGCUUGUCCGAUCGCGAACACUUGAUGGAACCACUCGUAGUGACCAGAACCUGCGGUUCCUUUGACCUGCAUGUAGUAGUGGAAGGCGGCGGUCUGACUGGGCAGGCGGGUGCGGCUAGGUUGGCACUGGCCAACGCCCUCAACGCUUACAACCCCGACAAGUAUCGACCAGUGCUGAAACGAUUAGGAUUGUUGACGCGUGACGCACGUAUUGUGGAACGAAAGACGGUCGGUCAUGUCAAGGCUCGCAAAUCACCGCAGUGGGUUCGUCGUUAG